AACAUGUAUUUAUGAGGCUUGAAAUGUUGCUUUACAAUCCAAUAACAUUUUAAAAAAAAUUGAAAAGAGCAAUUCUCUGACUUGCUAGAAUUUAAAUUAACUUAUUUGAGUCCACGCACAAUUAAAUUAGAAAAAAAUUAGAGGAAGCUAUCUAAGCUGAUGGAGACUUGUUUAAAACUCUGCUACUGCAUUGUUUUACACAUUUACAAUGAUUUCGGGUUUGAAAGGCGAGUUUUACAGUGUUUUAACUGGACUGUUGCUGUAGGAAGUUCAGACAAUGCAAUCAGUUAGACAGCCACGUGCUCGCCAAUCGCCUCAAACAGAAACUGAUAAAAACAGUACAGGAGAAGCAGUUAGCUGGUUAUUUUGCUAACUUAACACAGCUUUGUGUGUAAGGUGUGUGCUCUCUUUUUGCGUGUUGUCUUUAAAUGUUUAAUUUCCUUUAACAGAGUAUAAGACAGCCCACAACUAAUCAACAUUGCAUGUGGGAUACGUUUCUGAAUGCGCGAGACUUGUUUAGGCUAUUUGGUGCAAACCUAGCUUAAAAAGAGGCUAAAUGUGGCUUUGCUAUUUAAAAAAAUAAAUAUUUUACUUUACUUUGUGUUAGUGGUAGGAGGACAUGAGUUGUUAUGCGUAAUAGGAGGAGGAGUGGAAGUUGGGACGCAUCGGGGCUCUUGUGUUGAUAAUAAAACACGAUGACAGUCCUGUUAUUGCCUACCUGGAGCACAGUUUGACCAAAUCUGACAAAGAUGGUGUCUUCCUCCAUCUGUGUCUCCCUGUCAUCUAGGCAUUGCAUGUGCCAACUUUUUUCUGUGAAUAUGCCUUUGUGAGAAACUCUCUGGCUCGUCACCCUCGCCGGGAUUCCCCGCACUAUUUCCAACAAGAGACGAGAAAAAAACCUUCAAAAAUGGACAAAGAAGGUGCUGGUACUCAAUAUGAACCUGUGGCCGAGAUUGGAGAAGGCGCCUAUGGGAAAGUGUACAAGGCGAGAGAUUUGAAGAACGGGGGACGCUUUGUAGCCCUAAAAAGAGUCCGUGUCCAGACGGAGGAAGAGGGGAUGCCUCUCUCCACUAUCCGGGAGGUGGCGGUACUGAGGCAGCUUGAAGCCUUUGAGCACCCCAAUGUUGUCAGGCUGUUUGAUGUGUGUACAGUCUCUCGGACUGACCGAGAAACCAAACUCACUCUGGUCUUUGAGCACGUGGAUCAGGACUUGACCACUUACCUGGAGAAGGCCCCUGACCCCGGAGUACCACCUGAGACCAUCAAGGAUAUGAUGUACCAGCUGCUCCAGGGGCUGGACUUCCUGCACUCGCACCGCGUGGUUCACCGUGACCUGAAGCCACAGAAUAUCCUGGUCACCAGCGGAGGACAGAUCAAACUGGCCGACUUUGGUCUAGCCCGAAUCUACAGCUUCCAGAUGGCCCUCACCUCUGUGGUGGUGACACUGUGGUACAGAGCCCCAGAGGUGCUGCUCCAGUCUAGUUACGCCACACCGGUGGACCUGUGGAGUGUCGGCUGCAUCUUUGCUGAGAUGUUCAGGAGAAGACCGCUAUUUCGAGGAAACUCAGAUGUUGAUCAGCUGGGAAAGAUUUUUGAUGUUGUUGGGGUACCUUCAGCAGAGGACUGGCCCCAGGAAGUGGCCCUACCACAGAGUGCCUUCACCCCUCGACCCCCUAAGCCAAUAGAGGACUUAGUCCCAGACAUGGACGAGCAAGGACGAGCCCUCUUAAUGCAAUUUCUCGCCUUCAACCCCUCCAGGAGGAUAUCGGCCUUUGCUGCGCUCAGCCACCCCUACUUUCAAAGUGUGGACAGCCACAGUAGAAGUGUGUACGCGGCCCAGCCCAUCCCCAGCAACAAGCCCACUAUGGAGGAGAGGACUGCCUGACCGUCCUCCUUCACCCUAACUCAUCCCAUACAGUGUAUAUAAAAAGUAUUCUGCGUA